AUGGCGCUCUGGAGGGAAGUCGCGCUGCUGCUGCUGCUGCUGCCGCCUUCGUGGAGAUGCGUGGCCGGCCCGGGGCGCGCAGCAGAUGCCCCCGACUCGCAACAUGAGCGAUGCCCUUUGCUAAUGGCCGGUCACCCCAAGGAUCGCGUUGGUUCCCACCGUUUCCCUGCUCAGCUGCGGCUUGUUUUCGAGGUUGAAGGGGAGCGCCUGCGUCUGGAUUUGGCACAGAAUCGGGAGCUGAUGAUGGGCAGCUCAGAGUUAACCUAUUAUCUGCCAAACGGGACAAGAACAGUGCAUCCAAACAAGCCAGAGGUGAAGCGAGAAGCGGAGGCCGAACGUGGUUACGUGGAGCUGGUGAUCGUGGUGGACCAGGCCGAGUUCAAGCUGAAUCCGAACCUCAACAGGACUCGAACGCGGAUCUUGGAAAUCGCCAGCCACAUGGACGGGUUCUACCGGUUGCUGGGUCUGCGGGUGGCUCUGGUGGGCGCCGAAGUCUGGAAUAACGGCAACCGCGUGUCGACAAAUGGAACCGCAAAAGAGAUCCUCCAGCGGAUCCUUGAGUGGAGAGAGAAGGAUUUGCUGCCCCGGAUUCCACACGACAACGUUCAGCUCAUUGUUGGUCCUCCGUUUCCCGCCGGCGUCAUUGGCGCGUCCACCCAAGGGUCCAUCUGCUCUAAGCGCUCCGGUGGGGUCAGCAUGGGCCAUUCCGUUAGCUCUUUAAUCAUGGCUUCCACUCUUUCACACCAACUCGGCCACAAUCUCGGUCUCGCCCACGACAGCGACGGCUGUGGCUGCAACAGUUCCAUCCGUCCCCCAAGCCGGAAGUGCAUCAUGGAAGCACCAACAGGGAUUAUGCCCGGGUUGAGCUUCAGUACCUGCAGCCAACAUCGUUUCCAGCAAAUCCUCCAGCGAAACCAGGUUAACUGCCUCCUUGACCAGCCCGAACCAGCCCGCCUGGUGAAGUCCCACUGCGGGAACCGCCUGGUAGAAUCCGGAGAGCAGUGUGAUUGCGGCCUUUUUUUGGAGUGUACAGACCCUUGUUGUAAUGCAACGGCAUGCCAAUUGAUGGCUGGAGCCCAGUGUGCCACUGGUCAACCAUGUUGUCACCAAUGCAAGCUGCUCAGUGCUGGACACACGUGCCGGGCGGUCUGGGAUGAAUGUGAUCUCCCUGAAUUCUGCGAUGGGACCUCUCCACACUGCCCAUCAAAUCUCUACAAGCAAGACGGCACCUUAUGCGAAGGUGGAAAGGCCCUGUGCCACGGGGGGACCUGCCCCACUUACUCCAGCCAGUGCCAAGCCCGUUGGGGUCCCGAUGCGGUUCCCGUGUCGGAGGGCUGCGUGGCGUCUCUGAAUCAGAGGGGCGACGCACGGGGAAACUGUGGGCAGCAUCCCGACAGCUCCUACAUCCCCUGUGCCAAGAGCAACGUCCAGUGUGGGCAGCUGCAGUGCGAGAGAAGACGGAACGGAUCGGUCCGGACGUUCAACUGCCUGCGGGAUGCUCUUAGGAUUGUCGUUGCUGCCGAUGUUGUGGAUGAAGCCGGGGUGUCACCCGGGACCAGUUGUGAUCCUAACAAAGUUUGUAUCAACCAACGAUGCCAGGAUGUUUCCUCCAUCAAAUUCCCGGUAUGCCAGUGCAGCGGGCAUGGGGUUUGUAACAACAAAGGGCACUGCCAUUGUGAGCCCGGGUGGGCGCCCCCUCAUUGCCAGACGGGCGGCCUCGGGGGCAGUGUGGACAGUGGGCCCCCCGCCCCACAGGAAGCGAGCCGGGCAGCCUCGACGGCGCUGGUGGUCAUCUCCCUGCUCCUGGCGGCGUUGCUGGUUGUCGGCCUCUGUUGUGCCAAACGGCUGGGUCUCCACAAGCGCCUCUGCCAGUUUGGCAAGGGCACAAGUUGCCAGUACAGGGCCGAGCCAGAGUCGCGGGUGCAAUUCCUUCACCCAGCCGAAAGGAUCACCCAACUGGAACCCCGAAGUUUCGGCAAAGAUCCGCCAAGCCGUCCUCGGCCCCCCCAGUGGAAGCAAAGCACGGAGCUUCAGCUUAUGCCAACGUCAAAGUCCCCUGGCCCCACCAAGCCGCCCCCUCCUCCCCAGAAGCCGUUGCCUUCGGAUCCGCCCCGUGCCGUGUCCAGCUGUGACCCCGAGGUCCAGAUGUUGCCAUCCAGACCGGCCCCCCCACCCCCUCCCACGCUGGCCGGUUCUUCUGGACACACUCGCGAAAUAUAA